GCGCAAGCGCAUAACCGGCCAAGCCGACGUUCCCUUGGCAACCGCGCCCUGAGCAUUGCCGCGGCCCCUCCCGUGCCGCUGCUACAGUCUCAGAGGAGAAGGAGGUGAACCAGCCAGCCUGCAGAAGCCAAAGUCGGGGCUCGAAGUGCCGUGCAGGCCUGGGCAGGGUGAUGGGGCGUGCGGCCCGCGGGCUUCACCCCCGCCAUCGCCGCCAUGAUGCUGUUGAGCAGGAAGCCAGAGGGUCCCCUCACCGCAGAUACUUGAAACUGGCCAGAUUCCUCCCGGGUGGCUGCCAAAUUCUGCAUAAGGAAGAAACAUUUUUGACAUUUUUCUUCAUGCAACUUAGAUGACUACUUCUACUGUGUUUUCAAUUACCAUAGGAUAAGAAGCAUUCAUUUCUUCUGAUCAGUGCCAGAUUUGGAGAUGGCUUGUAUGAUUCCUACAUGAGAAUAGAUCAGAUUAGAUAUCCAGAUCCUGCAAAUGAAGAAUGCAGCCCUUCUGGACUUCCUUCACUGGGCAGACCUAAUGUAACUGCUAACAAAGUCAUAAUGAAGGAUCUUCCUUUGACUGGGAGCCAAAUCAAAGUUGAGCAGUUAUUUGAAGACUCUGGCAAUCGAAGGAGCAGCACACUCCAGUCUUCUGGAAUAAAUGGCCCUGAAAGGCCAUUUCCAACUCCAGCAAAAGAUAAAAGCAUUGACAGCAUAUGUACCAUCAAAAAUAGUAGCAGCUUGUCAAAAGCACAGAAAACUGGUGGUCAGUCUCCAGAUCAAGCACUGAAGCAAUGCAAACACCAGUUGUCUGCCUAUGAGCAGCAAGAAAUAUUUAACUUUCCUGAAAUAUUUUUUGUGGGUCCAAAUGCAAAGAAAAGGCAAGGAGUCAUUGGUGGCCCCAACAAUGGUGGAUAUGAUGAUGAGCAAGGCAGCUAUAUUCAUGUGCCUCAUGACCACCUUGCCUACCGAUAUGAAGUACUUAAAAUAAUUGGGAAAGGCAGUUUUGGCCAAGUAGCUAAAGUUUAUGAUCACAAACACCACCAGCAUUUGGCCUUAAAGAUGGUACGUAAUGAGAAGAGGUUUCACCGACAAGCCGCAGAAGAAAUCCGGAUCUUGGAGCAUCUCAAAAAGCAAGAUAAAACUAACAGCAUGAAUGUGAUUCACAUGCUAGAGAGUUUUACUUUCCGGAAUCACAUAUGUAUGACAUUUGAGCUCUUGAGUAUGAACCUAUAUGAGCUCAUCAAAAGGAACAAAUUUCAAGGCUUCAGUGUGCAGCUUGUACGCAAGUUUGCUCACUCAAUAUUGCAAUGUUUGGAGGCUCUUUAUAAAAACAAAAUCAUACACUGUGACUUGAAGCCUGAGAAUAUUCUCCUAAAGCAACAAGGGCGUAGUGGAAUCAAAGUGAUUGAUUUUGGAUCCAGCUGUUUUGAACACCAAAGAGUCUACACUUAUAUACAGUCUCGAUUCUACAGAGCCCCAGAAGUCAUUCUUGGAAGCCGUUAUGGGAUGCCCAUAGACAUGUGGAGUUUUGGCUGUAUCCUGGUGGAAUUAUUGACUGGUUACCCUCUCUUUCCUGGAGAGGAUGAGGGUGACCAGCUAGCUUGUAUGAUGGAGCUCCUUGGAAUGCCACCACAGAAGCUGCUGGACCAGUCCAAGCGAGCCAAAAAUUUUAUCAACUCUAAAGGCCAUCCUCGCUAUUGCACUGUAACAACACAGGCAGAUGGGAAAACUACCCUCAGUGGCAGCAGAUCACGUAGGGGGAAAAUGCGUGGUGCUCCAGGAAACAAGGACUGGAUUACAGCAUUAAAAGGCUGUGAAGAUCCUUUGUUUAUAGAGUUCUUAAAAGAAUGUCUUAAUUGGGAUCCUUCAGUUCGAAUGACUCCUAGCCAGGCUUUAAGACAUCCUUGGAUUUGUAAGCGAGCACAUAAGCCACCCACUGUGGAUAAAACAUCAGGCAAACGAAUUGGUCAUUAUACAAGCUCUUUCCCAGGAAUAGGUUCCAGAUUACCGCCAGUUGUUGGAGUGGCCAACAAGCUGAGAGCCAAUCUAAUGUCUGAUUCGAAUGCCAAUAUACCUCUAUGUACUGUGCUACCCAAAUUGGUCAGCUAAUAGAUAAUUAUGUAUUCCCAGAGUACAUAUACUGUGUUUUUAAUUAUCUCUUUCAAACACGUAAGAUGACUAAAUGCAGAGGUCUUUAAAACAAAACAAAGGAUUUAAUUUUUAUUGAACACUAAACCUUGUGUAUAUAUAUAAAAAGAACUGAAUCAAAACUUAAGCAUUUUAAGGGCUAUGGUUGUUUUAUCAAAUUUCAGCUGGAAUGUGGUGCAUGUUACAUCACUUUUUGAUUGGUCAGCUCAUUUGUUUUGUUAAAUGAGGUAACGCACUGUGUAAGAUGGAUUUUAUAGUGCUGUUGUAAUAAAACUCAGAAACCACUUCUGCGGACCGUCUCACUUAGCAGACAACUUGCUGCAAAUCAAUUGGGGAGAAAUUAACUAUACAUCUGAUUAAUUCGCAAGUGGACAGUUCACAGAAUAAUGGUCAAAAAGCACAAGAUUUUAAUCCAAAAAGCUAAUUCUUGAAAAUCCUGUCUCUCCUCUAUGGUUACCAUAAUUUCAGCGAGUGCCAGAUGUUAAUGUUUAGGCUACCCUUUGAGACCUCCUUCAAAUCUCACAGUCCAUGGCGAUAAAGCAUUUAUAAAGAGAGUAUGUAUGUUGGGGUGAUGAGGAGAUUGGUGCUUGGACUUGAGAUUUAAUGCACUUGAUUCUCUUUCCUCAUUGCUUCAAGUUGUAUUCAAUGAAUCAGUUUUUACAGAUUUGCUGUAAAAGGUGGAACUGUCUCCAGAAAGAUCUUCUUGUGUUUUCAGAGUAAGUUGCUUCAAACUUCAGUGAAUUCCAUGAAGGGUAUACUCCCAUUCUAGGCAAAUGCAGUUCUCAGGUCUCAGCAUUUUGUAACAUUCUAAUCAGAGGUGCAGACAAGCUAGAAAUGCCAUUAACGUUAAAGAUGAUAGUGACUGACUGUCCCUGAGUAAAUUCAUAAAUGUAAUCAGACUGAUGUUUUUAAAAAUGUUGUACAAUAAAAUGUAACGAGAUAUAGCAGUAUCUGCAUACUGGAAAAUAAAAUAAAAAAGAACAGCAGCUGAAGUA